UUGUAACGAAAUCUUCAAAUCGUGCGCUACCGUUCGACCUGCAGCAACGUCUGAAAGAAGCUCGACUGAACGCAUUUGUUUUUGAGGCGUCAAACGAACGCCAUCUUUUGAGUCAAUUUUUGUGUCGUAUGCAAAAUUUGAAUCCUGAUGUCGUUUAUGAAUUGAAGGGUCACGAUAUGCCGACCCGUUUGUCGACACUUGUCAGUCGUUUGGAGAAACUGAAAAUAGCGCAGUGGUCUCGAAUCUGCCGAUUGAAACGCUCGAUUGCUCUGAAGCAAUUGGGACGAUCCAAAGCAGCACAAUGGGAAUUAACUGCUGGUCGACUUAUUGUGGACAGUAGGCGAAGAAUUGAAGUUUCGCUGUAUUUCAUUUCAAUGUGUAAGCAAAGGGCAAAAUUGUGAUCGUCAGCUAUGGAAUUGGUGAAAUCGAGAAGUUUCGAUUUGGCUGAGUUGGCAACAACUUUACUUGGAUUCAAUGGCACUGCAGCAGAGCUUUCCAUCGAAGGCGCUGAGUCGUUCUCUGGAAAGAUGUGUUUAGUAUUGAAGAAUCAUGUGUAUAAUCGAAAAUUGGGUAGCAGUCAAAUGAAAUUUAGGAAUUCACGUCAGCUGAUCGAAGCAAUAAAUCGUUCAUGGUUGAAUGUUUGGCUAACAGUCUCGAUUAUCGUUGAGCUGAAUGCUUUGCCGUUAUUUGUGCAGAUCACACAGACUGUUGGCGGUGUUUUGGUGGGUAUUUCGUUGUCUCGAACACUGAUGGGUGGACGUGCGGAACGAAAUGAAUUCCUUUUAUUGCACGCAUUUCACAAGGCUGGUUAUGUGGCACCGAAUAAGUUUCAAUAUGAAUACCAUCAUCAUAAUCAGAAGAACAAGAAGAAAGAUACUGAGAAUACAGAGAUGAAUGAAGACGAAACUGAAGAGAAAGGAGACGAGAAAACUAGUAAAAAGGCACAAUACACCGGAGGACUUGUACUAGAACCAAAGAAAGGUCUGUACGAUAAAUAUAUACUCCUACUUGAUUUCAACANUUUCAACAGUCUGUAUCCGAGUAUCAUUCAAGAGUACAAUAUUUGCUUUACGACAGUUGAUCAGUCGAAAAAGGAUGAUUCGGAGCUGCCGGCACUACCGGAUGAUUCUGAAGAGGGAAUUUUGCCGAGGGAGAUUCGUGUUCUAGUCGAGAGACGUCGUGCGGUCAAGAAUCUGAUGAAAUCUGAAAAACUGAGCGAUCAUCUAAGACAACAGUACAAUAUUCGACAAAUGGCGUUGAAAUUAACAGCGAAUAGUAUGUAUGGAUGUCUUGGCUUUACGUAUUCACGUUUCUAUGCGAAACCUUUGGCGGCAUUAAUUACUUCACGAGGCAGAGAUAUUCUAAUGCAUACCAAGGAUUUGGUCGAGAAAGAUGGCUAUUCGGUUAUUUACGGCGACACGGAUUCGAUUAUGAUUAAUACGGGAUUGGACAAUUUGGAAGAGGCGAAAAAAUUGGGCAAUAAGUUGAAAAGAAUGGUCAACAAAUGUCAUACAAAACUGGAACUAGACAUUGAUGGUCUCUAUCGGAAGUUGUUGUUACUGAAGAAGAAGAAAUAUGCCGGAUUGGCGGUGGAUUUGAAUAAUUGCGAUAAGAUGAAGAAGGAAAUGAAGGGGUUGGAUAUUGUGAGACGUGAUUGGUCGAUGCUUGCGAAAGACAUAGGAAAUGAAAUAGUAGAGAUGAUAUUAUCGAUGUCGUUGAAGCGUGAGGAGUUGGACACGUCCAUAUAUGACCGAUUGCGUUUCUUGCGGAAGGAAUUGGAUGACGAUGCGAUCGAUAUUGAGAAAUUUGAAAUAUUUAAACAGCUCACUCGUGAUCCAAAGGAAUACGCUGAUAUCAAGUCUCAGCCACAUGCGGCUGUUGCGCAGAGACUGAACGAGAGUGGCAAAUUUCAUUUUCAUAAAGGCGAUACCGUGAAUUAUAUCAUUUGUGAGGAUGGAACGCAAAAUUCGUCCACACAACGUGCUUAUCAUCGUAGUGAAAUUACAUCGAAUAAAAAUUUACAUAUUGAUAUUCAUUACUAUUUGGCACAUCAAAUCCAUCCGGUAGUGUGUCGUUUGUGUGAGCCAAUCGAAGAAAUCGAUGCAGUGGGCGUUGCGAACGCACUU